GCCAGUGCGGAGGCUGGUGUGAUAUAUGUAGCUGCGCAUGCUGAACAUGUGCUUGCCUCAACUUCAUCUUUACAGUAUACGGGCGUUGGCUGUAUUCUGCUGCAGAACACCCUGCUAAAUAUCUACAUCAGUCCAGCAUUUAGAAGGAUCGACAGAGCUCGCCCCCACAUUCCGUACCUGCAUCUGCAGUCAGCACGCAAGCGAACGUUACACAACGCCGCCAUGAACGGCCACGCCACGAAGAAGCGCACCGCAGGCUACGCCGACAACGAGACCCACCUCGACGUGCUCAUCAUCGGCGCCGGUAUCAGUGGAGUCAAUGCGGCCUACCGUGUACAAACAGAGCUACCCUCAUCAUCAUUCGCGAUUCUCGAGGGCCGCCACGAGCUCGGCGGCACGUGGUCGCAGUUCAAGUAUCCUGGCGUGCGCUCCGACUCGGAUCUGCACACGCUGGGCUUCAAAUUCAACCCAUGGAAGGCGCGCAACCCCAUUGCGACGGGUGACAACAUCCUUGCGUAUCUGCAGGAGACGGUGGACAAGUUCGAUAUAACGUCGCGCAUCCGCUUCAACCAGAAGGUCGCGAGCGCCAACUGGAGCAGCGAACAGCAGCGAUGGCAGGUGCAGGUCGACGUCGGCCGCGGUGAUGCGACGCAGCGCGUCGUGUACUGGACCAAGUGGAUGAUUCUGGGCACCGGCUACUACAGCUACGAGAAGCCCAUGUUCGCGCACAUCCCCGGGCUGGCGGACAACUUUGCGGGCCAGACGGUGCACCCACAGUUCUGGCCGGAGGACCUCGACUACAAGGGCAAGAAAGUUGUUGUCAUCGGCAGCGGGGCCACGGCCAUCACGCUGCUGCCGGCGCUGGUUGAGGGCGGUGUCGGACACGUCACGCAGCUGCAGCGCAGCCCGAGCUACAUCCUGGGCUUAUCGCAGCCGGGUAAUAACUCGACGCCUCCUUGGUGGCAGCGGGCGCUGCCGCAGUGGAUGGUGCUCAAGUGGAAGCGCUUUCAGUUCACGCUCGUUCCGAUCCUGCUCUACUACUUCUGCAUCUACUUCCCCAACGCCGCCGCCAGCCUGAUCCGCGGCGCCACGAAGAAGCAGCUACCCGCCGAUUUCCCCCUCGACCCACACUUCAAGCCCGGCUACAACCCCUGGGAGCAGCGCCUGUGCCUGUGCCCGGAUGGUGACUUCUUCAAGUGCCUGCACAGCGGGCGCGCUAGCAUCGCCACCGACACCAUCAAGACCGUUGUCAGCGACGGCAUCCUCCUCAAUAGCGGCGAGAAACUCGACGCCGACAUCAUCAUCACCGCCACAGGCCUCAACCUGCGCUUCCUAGGCGGCAUUGACCUAGCCGUGGACGGCAAGCCGGUCGACGUGCCCAACGAGUAUAUGUGGCACUUCGCAAUGCUGUCCAACGUGCCCAACCUCGGCCAGAUCAUCGGCUACUGGAACGCGUCGUGGACGCUGGGCUCGGACACGGCGUCGCGCCUGUUCUGUCGCGUGAUCAAGCAUAUGGAAUCCAACGGCUUUACAGCAGCCGUGCCCUCUAUUUCUGCUGCUGAGCGCGAGAACCCGCAGGAUGUUAGUCCGUUGAGUAGCACGUAUGUUAAGAGUAGUCUGGCUAGUAUGCCGAAGUGUGGGAGGUCGGGGCCGUGGACGCCACGAGAGUAUUAUUUCAAGGAUAGCUGGAAGGCGGAGAGGUGUGAUUUGAACGAGGGAAUGAGGUUUGAGAGCGUUAGCACGUAGACGUGGAAGUACAAAACUCAGCAUCGCGCAACUUCAGAUAUGUUGGCCUUCGCCUUCGUUGCGAUGUGUUGGCUUCUUCGCUGCUUGAGGGGUUUUCUGCAAUGCAAGAUCUUCGCGACUGCACUUUUUGUCGGCACAUGCUCAAGCGUGCAUUUCAAGGCAAGAGCCAGGCUUGCAGUUCCUCCACAGCACGUCAAUACUGCAUGUGAUGCCCGAUUCGAAGUGCACUGUACCGUGCAGUCCUGUAAACAGAGUCGCCAUUUCACAAAAGUCCCAGACACUGGCUCGCUCGCGCUUCAGUACUAGAAUUUCCGUUUAUUGCGGUCCGGCUUUAGUCCGCGGGCAGUUAUGUAUAAACAGAGCC